AUGGUUGUUGCUGAGGUCUGCCAAAUUUCUAUUUGAUUUCUUUUUUUUUUGGGUUCAUUUAAAUUUUAGAGUCUUGGUCUAAUCUGAACUGUAUUCUGAGAUAUCACAUGCUUCAAAGUUCUCCCUGUUAUACUGAUGUACAUCUUGUCCAAUGGCUUUUGUUCUUUCUUGUCCAAUUUCCUUUUUGGCUUUUUCUGAAGCAAAUUAACAUUGCUUUUUUUCCGUCCACAGGUGCCAAAGCUGGCAUCUGGUGCUGAAUAUUUCUUCAAGAUGGGUGUUGAAGGCAAAAGAUUCCGCCCCACAGUAAGAACUACAUUGAAUUUUACUGUAUUAGUAGGUUCCAAGACUUGGGGAUUAUAGUUGAUAGCUGUUAUCAAUCUCUACCUUUAGGUUCGUCUCAUUUUAGCAUUUGAUUUUUCAUGGGUAUUUUUUCACCAAUGAUGAUUUUUUUUGGUUGUAUGUAGGUCCUGCUGCUCAUGGCAUCUGCCCUGAAUGUUACAUUGCCAAAUUCUUCUGCCAAUGAUGCAGUUCAUACUUUGUACAAAGAUACACGCGCAAAGCAGCAGUGCAUUGCAGAAAUCACUGAGAUGAUUCAUGUUGGUUAGCUUUAACUACGUUCUUGUUUACCCACAUGCCUAUUUCUUCACUGUCUUUAUAUACACGUGGGUUUGUACUCUUCCUCAUUUUGCUGAUUGGCUCUCACUUGUUCUGCAGGUGGCCAGUCUCCUGCAUGACGAUGUAUUGGAUGACGCAGAAACAAGGCGUGGUGUUGGCUCAUUGAAUUUUGUGAUGGGGAACAAGGUAUCUAGAGCAUCUCUAUGCUUGCUAGGGCUGCGAUGAUCAUAUGAUUUUUGAAGUAUCAAGGAUUUUUAUUUAUUUUUUAUUUUUUUACUUCAUCUUGUUAUCCCGGAUUGGUUCAGUUCUUCGCAUUUUUGGUUCAGUUCUUGAUAUAUAUAUAUUUUUAUGUGUAUCAACCAGACGAUUGGAUGGCCUAGUAAGAUGAUUUUUAUGUUGGAAGACAAGUCUUUGAGUUUUUAUGUCUGCCUCAGCUUGCUGUUCUUGCGGGGGAUUUUUUACUCUCCAGAGCUUGUGUUGCGCUUGCUUCAUUGAAAAACACCGAGGUAAAUUGCCAUCUUCAACAUGCCUUAUGCUUUCCUUGCUAUAUUCCUUCAAGAAAUGCUGCUUCUCUGCUCUCUCACACAGAAGAUACCAAGAUUUCAUACCAUUAUAGGAAAUGGCAACCCAACUGAGACCAUGUUCGAAUGUGGAGAUAUAUGCUGUUCAAACUCUAUUUAAAAUCCUGGUCGGAGACCAUUGAUACCAUAAAAUAAGGUUGGAAUAUUGGAAAUCUUGGUGUCCAAGGAUGAUUCGAGAUCUUAGUUGGGGAAUUCAUGCUUUGGGCUGUGUUUCCUCUGCUGUAAUCAUUGGCAUAAUGCCUUCUUAGCUACAUAUAUACAACAACAACAUUAUACAAAUGCGCUUGUAUCUUGGGACCAUCACUAUAGUUGGUGGUUGGUGCUCAGUUUCACCUCUGAUUGUGCAGGUCGUAUCUUUACUAGCGACUGUUGUGGAACACCUAGUGACGGGUGAAACCAUGCAGAUGACCAGCACAUCUGAGCAACGUCGAAGGUAGGGUUUUUACUCUAUAAGAAGAAUGGUUUCCUUUUCCCACACUGAAUAAUUAUGGAAAGCUUGGACAUCCAAUGGGCCCCCUUUCACAACUCUUGUUUAUUGUUCAUAUUUUCUCGGAAGUUCUACAUAGACAGCUAUGGUAUGCUAAAUAUCUGAGGAUGCAUAAGAUGGGAAGCAUGUGGGUAUAUUGGGAUGAUAACUCAGUGUCUUGCUGAUUAUCUCACUUUCUUCUUCCUCCACAUUUUCUGAGUAAUAUCCAGUUUUAGCCCAGCAUAAAUUUAUCUUAUCCACAGUGGGUUCACAGUAAAUUUACUCAUAUUUUCUUAGACAUAAUAUUCCUUGCUAUAAAGUUUUAAGUGUAUUAUCAUGUGUUUAUGUGCCACUGUUUCUCAUGUCUGAGCAGCAUGGAGUACUACCUGCAGAAGACAUACUAUAAGACAGCUUCACUGAUUUCCAACAGCUGCAAAGCCAUCGCCCUCUUGGCAGGCCACACAGCAGAGGUCUCUGUGCUUGCUUAUGACUAUGGCCGAAAUCUGGUUAGUUCCCCUUCCCCCAGCAGGGUCUGUGGCGGUCUUCCUGUCGGAUCGCGAUGAACGCGAAGAACUGAUGCAAAGAUUUGCUGCUGUGCUUCAGGGUUUGGCGUAUCAGUUGAUCGACGAUGUUCUUGAUUUCACCGGCACAUCGGCCUCUCUGGGGAAAGGGUCCUUAACAGACAUUCGCCACGUAAUGUUCCUCUUUCUAGUGCAGUCAGUAAUGGCGUCGCACCAAAGUUUUGUCUUCCUUAUCUGUGUUCUGAAAGGACUAUGAUUUGAAGAGGGUGAAACAGAGGAUGUUCAUGUGGCUAAGCGGGAUGUUGUAGAUCAUGCUUCGUUUUUCGUUAUAUUUUGCUGAAUUUUUCUACCCCUUGGUUUGCAAUCAAUCUAGGUGAUGAGAUUGCCUCGUCAUGCUCUUACCUGUUUGAGCAUCCAUCCGCAGGGAAUCAUAACAGCCCCUAUAUUGUUCGCCAUGGAGGAGUUCCCCCAGUUGCAGAAGGUCGUCGAUCAAGGGUUUGAGGACCCUGCAAAUGUUGAUCUGGUAAGUUCAGGAGGCUCUGUGGCUGGGGUCCCAAACCCUAAAUCAGUGAGAGAAUUAAUUUGGGCUUGAUUUUGAGUUCUGGGGAACUGAAUCAAAGAAAAAAGUGGAGUUCCAAAGUUUGUGGACGAUCUCGUGGGAAGCAUUCACUUGCGAUCCCGCCGGUCUUUGUUUUUGUUCUUGAAUAAAAUCAAGGAAUCGAUCGAUUGACUCCGCUGCGAUUUUCACCAUGCAGGCGCUUGAUUACCUGGGGAGGAGCCGAGGGAUCCAGCGGACGAGGGAGCUUGCGGCGGAGCACGCCGGCCGCGCUGCCGAGGCCAUCGAAUCGCUCCCGGAGAGCGACGCCGACGACGUCGUCAUCUCCCGGCGAGCUCUAAUCGAUCUCACCCGCCGUGUCCUCACCAGGACCAAGUGA